CCUCACCCCCCCUCCCUCCUUCCCCCCCCACACACCAUCACCACCUCCUCACCCUUUCCAAACCCCCCCCCACACCAAUCCAUCCAGCCCAUUUCCCCUCCCCCCCCGAGGGGGGGAGGAGGAGGAGGGAGAGGUGUGUUUGGCGCUGGUUGUGCCGAGUGGAGUCGGGCCGGGCCGGGUAGUAUGGCCUGCGCCAGCCUGCUGGAGGACCUGUUGGAGCAGGAGGUGUACGACAUGACCGACUGGAACAUUCCAGUGGCUUUCAUGAAGAAGCGGCACUCGGAGAAAAUCGAGGGCUCCAAGGCGGUCACCCAGAGUUGGCGCAUGAAAGACCGGAUGAAAACUGUCAGUGUUGCCUUAGUUCUGUGCCUGAAUGUUGGUGUGGAUCCCCCAGAUGUGGUGAAAACUACUCCGUGUGCUCGUUUGGAAUGCUGGAUUGAUCCACUGUCCAUGAGCCCUCAGAAAGCUUUGGAAAGUAUUGGUGCUAAUUUACAGAAGCAGUAUGAGAAUUGGCAACCAAGGGCCAGAUAUAAGCAGAGCCUGGACCCAACAGUGGAUGAAGUUAAAAAACUCUGCACCUCUCUCAGACGUAAUGCCAAGGAGGAGCGUGUGCUUUUCCAUUAUAAUGGGCAUGGAGUGCCAAGACCGACAGUAAAUGGCGAAAUCUGGGUAUUCAAUAAGAACUAUACCCAGUAUAUUCCUCUCUCCAUUUAUGACCUUCAAACGUGGAUGGGCAGCCCCUCCAUUUUUGUGUAUGACUGUUCAAAUGCUGGUAUCAUAGUGAAGUCAUUUAAGCAGUUUGCAUUACAGAGGGAACAGGAGUUAGAGGUUGCAGCCAUCAAUCCAAAUCAUCCGCUUGCACAGAUGCCUUUGCCGCCAUCAAUGAAGAACUGUAUCCAACUGGCUGCCUGUGAGGCCACUGAACUUCUGCCCAUGAAUCCAGAUUUACCAGCAGACCUUUUUACUUCCUGUCUUACUACGCCUAUCAAAAUAGCAUUGCGCUGGUUCUGUAUGCAAAGGAGUGCCAAACUGGUGCCUGGAGUUACACUGGACUUGAUAGAAAAAAUUCCAGGAAGACUUAAUGACAGGCGAACUCCCCUCGGAGAACUCAAUUGGAUUUUUACAGCAAUAACAGACACCAUAGCUUGGAAUGUAUUACCUAGAGAUCUCUUCCAGAAAUUAUUUAGACAAGACUUGCUGGUUGCCAGUUUAUUCCGCAAUUUUCUUUUAGCUGAAAGGAUCAUGAGGUCGUACAACUGUACCCCUGUCAGUAGUCCUCGGCUGCCUCCAACAUACAUGCACGCUAUGUGGCAAGCUUGGGACCUCGCAGUGGACAUUUGCCUUUCGCAACUUCCUACCAUCAUAGAAGAGGGAACAGCUUUUAGACAUAGUCCAUUCUUUGCUGAGCAGCUGACAGCAUUCCAGGUCUGGCUUACAUUGGGUGUUGAGAACAGGAAUCCACCAGAGCAGUUGCCAAUUGUCUUGCAGGUGCUGCUUAGCCAGGUCCACCGUCUGCGAGCACUGGAUUUACUGGGCAGGUUUUUAGAUUUGGGUCCCUGGGCCGUGAGUCUGGCCUUAUCUGUUGGUAUUUUCCCAUAUGUUUUGAAACUGCUUCAGAGUUCAGCUCGGGAAUUAAGGCCCCUUCUUGUUUUCAUCUGGGCAAAGAUCUUGGCUGUGGAUAGUUCUUGCCAGGCUGACUUGGUGAAAGACAAUGGUCACAAGUAUUUCCUUUCUGUUCUGGCAGACCCAUACAUGCCGGCUGAACACAGAACGAUGGCGGCUUUUAUUUUAGCUGUCAUUGUCAAUAGCUAUAAUACAGGACAGGAAGCCUGUUUACAGGGAAAUCUGAUCGCAAUCUGCUUGGAGCAGCUGAACGAUCCCCAUCCUUUACUGCGACAGUGGGUAGCUAUUUGCUUGGGGCGCAUCUGGCAGAACUUUGAUGCUGCUCGCUGGUGUGGUGUAAGAGACAUUGCGCAUGAGAAGUUGUACAGUCUUCUCUCUGAUCCCAUACCUGAGGUGCGUUGCUCUGCUGUCUUUGCUUUGGGUACAUUUGUAGGUAACUCAGCAGAGAGAACUGACCAUUCCACCACUAUUGACCACAAUGUAGCAAUGAUGCUAGCCCAGCUAAUAAAUGAUGGAAGUCCUGUUGUUAGGAAGGAGCUGGUUGUGGCAUUCAGUCAUCUUGUCGUUCAGUAUGAAAGUAAUUUCUGCACUGUGGCAUUACAAUUCAUGGAAGAAGAGAAGAACUACUCACUACCCUCCCCUGCGAAUGUGAUAGAGCCUGGAAAUUUUACACCAGUGCGUGAUGGGCCAGCCACCCCACGGCUUCGUUCAGUGAGUUCCUAUGGGAAUAUCCGUGCAGCUACUUCGGUGCGGAACUUGAAUAAGUCUCUUCAAAAUCUAAAUUUAAAUGAAGAAACUGGUGGUUCAAACCCUUUCUCUCCUGGGUAUCUAAGCACCAGCAGUAGUGCCAGUAGUACCCUGGGAAGCCCUGACAACGAUGAGUACAUCCUUUCUUUUGAAACCAUAGAUAAAAUGAGGAGAGUCAGUUCCUACAGCUCCUUGAACUCGUUAAUAGGUGUAUCAUUCAACAGUGUCUACACCCAGAUUUGGCGUGUUCUGCUUCACCUGGCAGCUGAUCCUUUCCCAGAAGUCUCAGACCUUGCUAUGAAGGUGCUGAACAAUACAGCUUACAAGGCUACAGUUAAUGCCCGGCCACAGCGUAUCCUAGAUUCCACGAAUCUCACGCAGUCUGCCCCAGCCAGCCCUACCAGUAAGGGAACACACAUUCAUCAAGUUGGAGGCUCACCUCCCAUACCCAGCACAAGUAGUUCCAGUCUAACCAAUGACGUGAGUAAACAGACAGGGCCCAGAGAUAUAUCAGCAGCACCACGGCCAGGAACUGGUGCCACUGGAGGGGUGCAGUACACUCCACACUCUCACCAGUUUUCCCGAACACGAAAGAUGUUUGACAAGGGGCCAGAUCAGACUGUUGAAGAUUCGGAGGAUGGAAUUGGACACAAAAGUUUUAUAUCUACAACAAUGCAAACGGGUUUCUGUGAUUGGAGCGCAAAAUAUUUCGCACAGCCAGUGAUGAAGAUUCCAGAGGAGCAUGACGUUCAAAGCUUGGUGCGGAAGGAGCGAGAAUGGAGAUUUUUACGUAAUGGACGAGUUAGAAAACGAUCUGAGUGGAUUAUCGAGAAAGGUGUCCCAAGAUUGGAUGACCAGAUCUUUAUCAACAGAAAUCCAGGCGUCCCUUCAGUGGUGAAGUUUCAUCCUUUCACUACCUGUAUAGCGGUAGCUGACAAAGACAGUAUAUGUUUUUGGGAUUGGGAGAGAGGAGAAAAGCUUGACUAUUUCCACAAUGGAAAUCCCCGAUACACGAGGAUUACUGCUAUGGAAUAUCUGAAUGGACAGGAUUGCUCUCUGCUCCUCUCUGCAACAGAUGACGGAGCCAUCCGAGUGUGGAAGAACUUUGCAGAUUUGGAAAAGAAUCCAGAGAUGGUGACAGCAUGGCAGGGGUUAUCUGAUAUGCUCCCAACUACCAGAGGGAGCUGUACAAGAGGGUUGCUGCUGCUGCAUGGUGACUCAGAAACAUUCAGCGGCAUGAAACCCGGGACCCUGGGCCUGGCCUUCCCUCCGCCACCUCUUAAUCUCCCCCGACUCGGGACUCACAGCCACACCAUGAGCUCCGGACAUUCCAGUCAACCCUUACCAUCUGGCCUGAGCUCAAACUCCAGUGCUGGGAUGGUUGUGGACUGGGAGCAGGAAACUGGUCUCUUAAUGACUUCAGGAGAUGUUCGCAUUAUUCGUAUCUGGGACACAGACCGAGAGUUAAAAAUACAGGAUAUUCCAACUGGGGCAGAUAGUUGUGUGACGAGUCUUUCCUGUGAUUCUGAUCGUUCUCUAAUUGUGGCUGGCCUUGGUGAUGGUUCAGUCCGUAUCUACGAUAGGAGAAUGGCUCCAAAUGAAUGCCGUGUAAUGACCUACAGAGAACAUACUGCCUGGGUGGUAAAAACGUAUCUACAGAGGACUCCCCAAGGCAAUAUUAUCACUGUGAGUGUAAAUGGAGAUGUGCGAUUUUUUGACCCACGGAUGCCUGAGUCAGUGAAUGUAAUUCAGACUGUAAAAGGAUUGACAGCACUGGACUUUCAUCCCCGGGCUAAUCUGUUUGCUUGUGGCUCCAUGAACCAGUUCAUAGCUAUAUAUAAUACAAGUGGAGAUGUGAUAAGCAAUAUUAAAUACUAUGAUGGAUUUAUGGGACAGAGGAUCGGAGCCAUUAGCUGCUUGGCUUUCCACCCAUUUUGGCCUCACUUAGCAGUUGGAAGCAACGACUACUACAUGUCUAUAUAUUCAGCAGAGAAGCGAAUUAGAUAACAAUGAAUCACACAGCCCUGCUUGUCCACUUUACGGAAUUUGUGAUUGAUGCAGAUGCUGUAUAUUACUUCUAAUGUACAUAUAAAAUUAUUUACUUGAAUGGCUAGUGACAGCUGAUGCAAGUCAUGACUUGAACAACUUUUCCAUUAUAUACUUCAGCUACUGUAGGACAAUUCACUGCAAUGGCCAUGGUAUAUCUUGUUGAAAGAACAUGGCUGCCAAGCUUUUUUUGGAGACUUGUCUAGACCUUAAAUUUUGUUUUUUUUUUCCUUUUAUGAAUUAGAUAUUAGCAUUCAAAUUAAUAUAAUUUACCCAGUAAUGACUGACUGAGAAUGUUGUAACAACUGUGCAUAAAUUACAAAUCCUAUCAGUUCCCUCAGUAGACAAGUCUUUUGAAAAAGACUGAUAUAAACCGAUGGCUCGCCAACCAUAUUAAAAUGCCAGUAGCUGUUCUGAAGGACUAUUUAAAAGCUCACAUCUUUAGUGUGGUGUUACUUCUGUGAGCAUUAUUUUACAUAAACUGUAGCAGUUCCACACAAAAAAAAACAAAUCAUGAUAUUCUGAAACAUUGUACAGACUUCCUUCUGAUUUGUUUAAUUUUUUUCCUUUUUUUGUGAUUUAAUUUUACAAAAUAAUUGCUAAUUGUAAUAGGAAGCUCUAAUCAAAUCGCACAAAUAACCAAUGAUGGAAAAGGAGACCUGAGCAGAACCUGAGUGAUAACUCUUACCUGUUGAAUGUAAAUAAAACCUUUAAAGGAACUGGAAACUGGCCUGUGAAUGUUAUUCUAGUGAUAUUUCUUGCAUCUAGCCUUCAGACUGAUAAACCAGCUCGAAGUCUGGACGUUGAGAUUAGUGUGAUAUUGUUAUUUGUUUGUCUUUAUAUUUUAAUGUAAAGCUGAUGCAGCAUGCAUAUUAUGAUCUGACAUUUCUAAAGCUAUUUUGUGAAGUACAGUAUUGUUAUAUUAUGUACAUUACUGAUUUAAAACAAAUUCAACACUGACUUUUUAAAACUUAGGCAGUACUGAUAUUAACACUAGUUAAGUAGUUGUUGAACACCAUUAAACUCAGCUCAUUUAAAAUAAAAUAUUGUUUUUAUGCUUAUAUAUCAGUUUACAAUGCAGAAAAAAUAUUAAUUUUCUACUUGUUGCCCCCUUCAUCAUCUUUGCACAAGUUGAGAGGAUUUUUUGAAAAAAAAACAUGGAAUCUAGUAUUUCUCACAUUCAUAGACAGAAGGUUAAGAAGAGUGAAGAAUAUCUUUUUUCAAUCCAUACAUAUGGUUCAAAUAACCUUUGCGUGGAAAUAUGAUGUAGAUUCUACAUCAUCCCUUGAGUUGCAUAAGGUGGUGCUUAGCUGAAGUGCUAAAUUGACAAUGUGGGCUGAUUAGCAGAAGCUGAAGCUAUAUUUUAGUAACAUGCUUUCAGGUUAUCCAUUUGCAUCCAGAAAUACUUCUAUAUUAGCACCUUGUGAGUUAAAGACUGAACAGUUGAAACGAGCAGCGUUUUGCUUAAACCAAGUUUAAGGAUUCAUUCUGAUGCUGUUAAGCCAAAUAUUUUCUGUAACCACAGCUCAGUAAUUGUGCUCUGACUUUAAAAAUCAGCUCAAGUGGAAUUUCUUUGCAUUAAGAACCAGAUGAAGUAAAAUGGCUAAUGAGUCUUACAAAAUAUAUUGGAAUCCUAAACAUGUUCAUCGAAUUUGAUUCUUUGUUCUGGAAGAAUGUAGAAAAUCUUCAGUUUCACCAGAAUAUAUUUUGUCAUCUUUUUGCGUUGAGAGCAUUCAAAUAAAAAUAAAAGUUGGGGAAAUGUGGAAGAAAAUGAAACCUUCAUAGAACACAUAAAUGGGCUUUGUUUUUAGAGUUGGCUCGCUAUUGUUUAUUUUUCUCACGGGUGCCUACUGACCUUUAGCCCAAAAUCAAAUCAGACUGCUCACACGGAACAUUUCUUUAGCAGCCACCAUAAGAGUAGCUUAGAUAUUUUCUUAGUGGCAGUUUGAUCCACUGCGUAACCUAGAAAUUAAAACAAAAUGCUCAGGAGCAUUCAAGGUUUCUGCCUUUGUGCAAAGCAUUGAGCCUUGUAGCGCAGCCAAGAAUUAAAAGCCACAUUCCCAUUAAUUUUUAUACUUCUCAAUUUGCAAUCCAUUGAUUUUUGGAUUGUCAGUCAAUGCGGCAACAGCUUCAAAGCAGCCGUUUCCUGCCUUCAGAUCUAUGGGAUUACAAGCAGGACAGACAAGUCAGUGAGCACGAAAGGAAAAUGGAAUACAAAUGGAAGCUGUUUUACGUGACAUCUGUGGGCUGGAUCGUCAGAUCUUUAGCCCCACAGAUGGUUCGCAGGCCAUAGUUUGGACAUCCCUGGUUUAAGACAAAUGCAUCUUUUAAUGGAGUGUUUUUGGAGCUUAUCAGGUGUUACCUUUUAAAGACUCUAUUUUCAGAACAUGUUGAAGUAAUCUCCUUUCAUUGGGGCAGAAUGCUCAGUGUUUAAGUAACAGCUCAUCGACAGUGAGCACCUCAUCUAGCAGUGCUUUGUUCCGUAGCCUGGUGUACAACAAUACCGUUCUAAGUAAAAAAAAUGGGAUUAGGUUACCUGAGCUCGUGAAAAUUCAAAAUCUAUGAAAAACAUCUUGUCCGUUUGGAAUUCUUACGUUAAGUAACUAUUGCAAUGUAUCACAACCAGUGAAUGUGGUUCCAGAUGUGUUUCAUAGCAAAAUCUCUAUGAUAAUCCACUUCACAUUAUUAUGCAAAAUAAUUUUCCAGAGGUUCUGUUUAAAGAGACUAAAGAAAACAUAUUUUAAGUCACAUUGAGUUUGGUCGCCAUUGGGCUGAAUUCGCUUUUUAAAUACCUGCUGACUUUGAAUUGUUGUAGUAAUCCAAAUUCUUCAGUCAUAGGAGGUAGCUACAAAUAACGUUUUGAUAUCAACUCUUCCAUGUUCAGUUGUUUUUGUUCGUGCAACUAUAGUCAACUCAAGUAUCCAGUCAAGAGUUAUUCUACAUCUAACUUCUACAUUCAAGGGUAUAGCUCCUCCCAAUGUGGGUAAUAUUGUCUUAAUUGGCAGGUAAAAUCACUACCACUACCUUAUGGCACUUGGUUGCCUUCUAAUAAAUGAUUCUUAUGAACAAAUCUUGUAAAGAAAAAUAGCUUUUCAUAUAUGCAUGUCAGAUUGCCCCAUUCGUGCCCAUUGCUCAUUUGCAAUAGUUUAAUAUUGCCGGUUUUUGAGGGACUUAACAGUAUUGGAGCCGCAUGCUUUCCUGCAACAGCUAAAUGGGUUAUUCAACACUUCCCCAGCUGUCAUGGAAUUAACAGCAAAAUGGGUUUGGUAUAGGGCAUGCAUAGAAAUGCAUUAAUUCCCCUUUCAAAGAUCUCACUGAAAUCAAGCUAACAUGAAUGCUUCUAGAUACUUUAAAUCCACUAAACUUGAUUUUGUGUAAUCUAUUUGGUUUCUGCUAAGGUGUUCCUUUUGUCCAUCUGUUGUCUAUUUACCGCAUAUGGAUUUCAUAUGCCGGGCAUUAAAUCAUUAAGGGGGGGAUAUAUUGAUAUAAUACCUCAUGAGCCACUGUUUUGUAUGUCUGCUUUUUAGAUGAAAAUGCACAAUUAAAACUAUAUUGGUGAAUAAAUCAA